AUGCAAAUCCAAGUUAAUAACAUACAGUGUGUUGCUGCAUGGUACUGGGAUGUGCCAAAAGAACUAAAACGCGAUAGUCUUAAUGAUGAAGAUGAAGAGGAUGAAGAUGUAUGCGGUAUUUGUCGCGCAAGCUACAACGGAACGUGCCCAAAUUGUAAACUACCGGGAGAAAAGUGUCCUUUAAUAGUAGGGAGUUGUCACCAUAAUUUCCACGUACAUUGUAUAUACCAAUGGCUAAAUACGUCUACCUCAAAGGGACUUUGCCCAAUGUGUAGACAGGCAUUUUCUUUAAGGGACGGGAUUCGAAUAAACGAGCCACAUAUAGAGAAGUUCGAUAAAGUCCUUAUGAAAGCUAGGCAGCAGAAUGUUGUAAGCACAACAGGAGUUGCUGGAGCAGUGGAUCAAGACGAUGUUAUGAUAGAUCAGGAGUUUAUCAGGUAG